AUGGUAUAUGGAGCUUGGGCGUGGAACGGCAAAGACUUGGACUCCGUGUUACGUCGGAUGACUUCGUCCCAGAUGCGGUGUUGGAUCCAACGGGAAGACAGGCUCUCGGAGAUGAUCGCGCUGACAAGCAGCCUGCUUUACCAUGGCGUCCUGCACCGCUCAACGUCAUCGCGACCUGUCUCAGUAAUCGAAUCUCUACCUAUUGAGGUUAUCGAGGAGAUCCUUUUAUACGCCGGCAGCACCUCUCUUCGAACGCGCUGUGCUUUACAACUAGUCUGUCGCAUGUUCCGGUGCAUCGUCAUUCUGAGUUCGGCUUUCUAUUCAGACCUGGCGUCUAUGCCUGUUCAUCCGCCGGCGUUCUUCGCUUCCUUCAACAGAGCUUGCAUACGCGACCGCCCGUUCUAUCUCGUGUUCGACGCGGACAACAGAGACGAACGCUCACCACCUCUACUAUGCCUUCUAACCGGCGUACCGCUCGCGCGCACCAUCAUCAUAAAUCACACGGUGCCCGUUGGUGACGUGGUAGAGGCUCUCAUACGGGAGGAAAGCUGCGAUUUCCUCACGAAACUCGUUCUGAUGCCUGUCGGGAGUGCCGCGGUGGCGACAGAAAUGCUUAGUCCGCUGCGCGGACCUGAUAGGCAACUUUCCAUCCGCGCGCCAAAUCUGACGCAUCUAGAGCUGUACCAGAUGAACAUCGUCUUCCCGGCAUCCAAUCGUUUGCGCUCUCUCAAGAUCGACUAUCGCGCCGAACAGGAUAUGUUCACCCGCAGCAAUGCUUUCCACCCCACUAUAUUGCAUUCUAUUCUAUCGCGUAACGCGCAUCUGGAGCACGUUACUCUUACGAGUCCUCUUGGCCUAGCGUCUCUCGCUAACGGUCCCACAUCUUCCAUCGCUUUGCCGUCGAUGAAGACGCUCAAGCUAGAGACGGACGCGGCUCAACCAAUUACAUGGCUUCUACCAUGCCUGGUUCUACCCCAGAGCGCUUAUCUUCUGUUCAAAGUCGGCGAGAACUCCGCGCGCAGAGUUGACGUGUCUUCCUUGGUCGGUGUCUUAGGCAAGUAUACCGCCACUAUCAUUUUGGUUAUGACGCUUACUGGCAUUCACAGUAUUGCAUCUUCAGUCUAG